AUGCGUCUACAAACAGGAAACAUGUGUACGAGGCUGAAGCAGCAGAAUCAAGAUGGCCGACAGUCCCUCGGUCACACCCGGGCGCACAGGAAGCAGCAGUGUCCCGCGAAGUCAGACGUCGCUCUGUGUUCAGAUGAUGACUGGGUUUCUAAAUGCCUGUCUGGCUGCAGACUCCAGGGUUUGAUCUCACAGUUUGAGAGCGAAGUGGAGAGAAAACUGUGGAAGGUGUGUAAGACAGCAGAGACGUAUGAGGACGCUGCUGAGAAGUCCAUGACAGUGAUGACGAAUGUCCACAACUGGAAGCGGAGAGUCCUGGUCAGCAGAUACAUGUCAGAGCUGAAGUUUGUGGAACGAGCAGAAGAGUUGUCCAGGAAUCUCACGUCACUACGGAAACGAUCGUCCAGUUUGUCGCAGAAACUUAAGGAGCUGCAGAGCAGCGUCCAGAGACAGAUUGAGGACCUGUAUCGAGCCGAGGUGGACAUUGACAUGAAGCUGCGAGCCUGCCACGGGUCCUGCCGGUCAGCACUGCCUUUCAGUGUCAAUCAUUCCAGUUAUCAGCUGCUUCUAACUGAUAUGGAGCAGAUGGAGCAGAGAGUCAGGGCCGCUCCGCCUCCUGAGGACACCCCACAGGUCAGGCUGCGGCCUGUGGACGUAAGCCCCGCGCCAUCUGCAGAGUAUAAGACCAUCCCGACAGUCCAGAGGGAGCUGCUGACCCAGUUUGAGGACGUGGGACAGAAUCAGUUAGUUCUGGAGCAGCUUCACGGAGACUCUGCAGACGUCUCAGAGCCGGAAUGAUCUCGACAGUUUACAAAGGAAGUAAGAGACGAAUCAGUGUUUCACUUUGUGACUUGGUUUUUAAAGGGUCCUUUCAAAUAAACAGGAUGUUUUUCUGUUUGGUUUACCAGGUUUAUGGUUAUAGUUUACAGUGUGACAGACGUCUGCCUCUAUUAUCUCAUAUCCACUUGAAAAUGCUCUUGUAUAGAGCAGUACGCUCACUUCCUGUUUCAGAUUAAAAGUCAGUUUGUCCAAAUUUUUUGUGAUUGUACUCGAACAAACCUUUCAAUAAAUUACAAACCAGUUUUAAUGAAUAAAAAACUAAGUACUGAAUGAAUCACAGCAGGGGGAAAUGCUGCACUGAUAGUGAAAGGUUUUAAAGCUAAAACUUUAUGAAAUGUUAACACUUUUCUUAUUAAAUAGAUCAAAUGUCAGAUUUUACAUAUUAACCACAGAUUUUUCUGCACGUUGGUAAAAGCCUUUGUUAUCUGAGCAGUGAAAACACUCCUCUGUCUUCCUCUGUCUGUAAACCACACU